UUUUUUUGUUUCUGUCGUUAUAUGAACCCAUCUACAUAUCGCAAGAGUUGAGAAAAUCACUUUAAGGCAUUUUAUCAAACUGUGCUAAAUUUACUAAAUAAUUUGACCAUUUAAAUUAUAAUAUUAAUAAGCAACAGUCUUGUUCUUCAAAGUUUGUAGAUAAAAAUGAUACUUUAUAGUGUUAUAAUAUCAUGUGCCUUUUUAAAUGUCUUGGCCUAUGAUAUGAAUGACUAUUAUAGAGCGGUUUUCAUUACAAACGGACUCAUCGAUGAAGCUAUUCGUAUGGAUUUUGGUAAUCCAAACUUAAAUGGAUUCGUGCAUACCAUAAGGAGAAUGGUUUUAUCAGAUCAUGAUGAUUUCGUCUUUGAUAAAGUGAAAUUUAUGGUGGCAGUACCAGAACGUGCACAACGUAACAAUCUAGGCGAAUACAUGAGAUUCCAGUUACGAUUUCAACAGGAAUUGACCAGUGUUACAAACAUUCAGCCGCCUCCGCCAAGUUCAAUAAUUAAGGGACCGUCUGUGACAGCUAUUACAAUGCCUACGCCAGAAAAUCCUUUUCCAAUACUUAAAGAAAUAGAAAAACUUGCACUUCACCUAAGGAGAAAAACUAGAAGAGCUUUAUUGAAUCUCCUCAAGUUUGAUGUUCUUAUACCUGAGCAGAACCAAGAUCAUCCCUAUACUCCUGGACAGAAAUGUUUUAUAGUAGGAUUGGCAGUGAGUUGUAACAACUGCGAUUUUGCACAAGAUGUACGUGUUGAUGAAGAUUCAAAUGCUGACAAUGUGUUUUCUACUGGUCCCAUUUGCGUCAUAACAGAUAUAGCAGACAAUCAAAGAAAAUACAUAAUACGAGACAACGAAUUUCGAGAAGUAUACCGUAAUCAAUCUCAUGUGAUAAUACCAAGUCCUUUAGGAAACCUUUAUACGCAGUUAUUGAAAUCGAAGGUUUAACGAUUUCUCGUACAAGUCUGUUUUUAAUAUUUAAUACAUAAAUUAUAUUAUGGUACCGUUAUUAAUAUAUUUAUAUCAUGUUUUACGUGACUCGCUCAUAAAUUUUUUGUCAAAUAGUUAAACGUGUGUAUCUAAUGAAUAAACAGUUUUCCUCACUAUUUUAAA